GUAUUUUGUAAAAGAAGUGACGCCGUCCGUUUCCAGUCAGGUCUGUCUCCUUGUGGCGGAGGAGAAAUGGACCUCUCCGCUCUGUUUGCUGAUUUUUCACUGUGAUUUAAUUUUUAUCGACUGUAUUGUGAACUUAUGGCCGCGGCGGUUUUGCUCCUGCUGGAUAGGAGAGCCCGCAGGUGAAGCGGAGGCUCGGCUCACUCGGUUCAGAAGUGUUGCCUUGUACUCUCUGAUGGAGUAAAAGUGCAAGCCCCAUGCCACGAUGGAUGCUGGGCAUGACAGAAGCAAAUGGAGGAGGAGUUGUGUGGCACACACUUUGAUUUUGUUGUUUGUUUUAAGUCUAACAGCAGUGGAAGCACUGUAUGAAAACCCUUCUGGACACAACAGCAGCCAAUCAGAAAAAUGCGCAGAUAACGAGUACGAGAGUGGGACUGGGUUCUGCUGUGACCGGUGUCCACCAGGAUAUAAACUGAAGAAGCAUUGUCCAGGAAAAGGUCUGAGGUCCGAAUGUGACAAAUGUGCUGAGGGGACUUAUCUAGACGCUAUAAACUCUUUAGAAAAGUGUUUCGCAUGCCGUAUAUGCAAGAAAGACGAAGAUGUGGUAUCAGCGUGUACAAUUGAGAAAAACACGGUGUGUGCAUGUAAGACCGGAUACUACAAGAAGGUCAUAAAUCGUAUUACAUGGUCAUGUAAACCCUGCAAAAAGUGUGUGAAAGAGAACAAAGAGAGAAUACGCAGAGAGUGUGGUGGGGAGAAGAACACUGAGUGUGAAUGUAUAGAUUCUUAUUACCGUGGGGAAAAUAAGUGCCUCCCAUGCACAAACUGCACUGAGAAAUGCCCAGACUGGUGCUCCACGACCCCCAGGCCCCCCAUCGGAACUUUCCGCCCUACACCAGAUUCUUCACCAGCCACAGGUUCUCUGACUGUUAUCCUGGCUGUAGUUUUGGCUGUGAUGCUUUUGAGUGUGGGAUAUAAACACUGGAGAAAGCACAGGCGAGCAUCACACAGCAUAGAAUCACCUGAAUCCCACAAAUACGAGACCAAACAGCCCACAGUGACCACAACAGUAAAGGAUGAGAAUAGUGGACUGACCAGCCAUUGGACGGAAAAGGAAAUAGAAAAGGAGAAGGAUCAGCUUCUACCGGACUGUGUCCCCAGAGAGAUCAGAACACAUGAAUUCAUCUACUCUGUGCUGGAAGUGGUCCCCGUCAGUCGUUUUAAGGAACUAGCACGGCGGCUCAGCGUUUCCGAGCAGGAUAUUGACAGGGCGGAACGAGAUAACCGUGCCUUUGCUGAUGCCCAGUAUCAGAUGCUGAAGAUUUGGAGCACUAAUGCUCCUGGCGGAGGAAAAAACAUUGUACCACGUGAUCUCCUGCAGGAGUUUGUAGACACACUGAAGGACAUGAAUUUGAAUGGUUGUGCAGAGAGCAUUGAGAACAAGUACUGCAAUGAAGCCUAAACACUCAGGCACCUGUAAUCCCCAGUAUUUGAUGCAGGAAGUAAAGGACGGACAGGGCAUUAAUUUAGAAAUUCAGCUAAGCAAUUUCUAUUUCAAACUAUGCAGAACCUGAAAAUGGCUUUAUUGAUUUUUAUAAAAAACACAUUCUUUUGUACUACUUUACCACUGUGCCUUUUCCGCCAGUGUUUUUAUAUGGAUUAAGGGUAUUUAGAAGAAGCACACUAAGCUUUUUUAAACUAUCUUUCUUAGGGAUUUCAGUUCUGUUCUGUAAUUUUUACAGUAAUUGUAUGUAAUGUGUAUUAUGUCACUUUGCUUAGCAUGCAGAAGUACCUGCCAAAAUAAUGGAAAUAAUUUUCUGUACUUACUAUACAAUAAUCCAGUUAAUGCAUUUAACUCAAUAACCAAACCAGCUUUUUUUUUUGCUUAUAUUGAGACAUAAUCGUUUGCCCCUUGCUUGGCAAACAUUAAAAUAACAUUUUUUUAGAUUUAUGCUUACAGUGAUCUAUUUAAACUAUUAAACUAUUUAAACCAAUGUUUGCCAAGCAAGUGGCAAAAGAAUAUUCCACAAAAAGCACAAUAAUACAUUUGCGAUGUAACAUAAUAUUCACUUGAAGCAUAUAUGGUCAAAUUGUAUGUAUAAUUUUUGAUGUGGUUCAAACAUGCUCAGACAUCUGUUUUAUAGUCUUGAAUUUCCACUAUUCUGCCAGUAACCUUAGCAUUAAUCCAAAUUUUCUUUCUUUUUUUUGUGUAGUUUAUGUUACAAAACAAACUUGUACAUAAACAUUUUUGUAUGGAUAUUUUACUGAGUAGGUGAAUUGGUUUGUAUACACACACACACACACACACACACACAUACACACAUUUUAAAGAGAUCAGUUCAUACGUAUCUGAUCUAGUUAGAAGAACAAAGCUUGGUUACAAUUUCUUCUCAUUAAUGCCCCUGACCACUGUGUGGACAUAAUAGUUUCCAGCAGCAGCUCUGGUUUGGAAUGAAAGGAGCUGAAUUCCAUUGGUCUGCAUUUCUCAGUCCCUGCGUCAUAGAAGGCUGUUCCAAAGCAAGGAUCCUUGGUAUACAGCCAAGAAAUGCAGCCAACAUCAGGAGAGAUUUUGAGGACACAGAAGACGUAUCCUUCACAGCCCUCAGAACAUAGAACAUAAAUAGGGAAAAAAGAAUCUCAGCAAAGAAGUGCUCACUGACACAGAUUUAGACCUAAACGUGAACAAAAUUUGAGAGAAAAGUCUUAGAUAAUGAAAAAUAGGAGCAAAACCAAAAGUGUUGCGUUUAUGUUUUGUUCAGUGUAAAUUUAAUUAUUUAUUUGACGAAAUGAUCAUGUACAUGAGUUUCACACCACAGCCAUGUGACAUUUGCAUGUGACAUCCACACGAAGCCUCGUUGGACUGUUCCAUAAGUGUAAAGCGCAGCUAGUGAUUUGUAAGAAGAAGUAAAAGCUCUUUUGACAUUAA